AUGAUGCUGACGAGGCAGAGAACAGUCUCUCCAGAUCAGAACACCUCAAACACCAGCAGAGAUACACCAGAGAAUACACACUGGAGAGAAACCUUACCACUGUUUGGACUGCGGAAGAGUUUUACUCAGGCAAGCAACCUGAAAACACACCAGCGCAGACACCUGGGCCAGAAGCUUCACCACUGUUCAGAUUGUGGAAGUAACUUUUCAACAUCAAGGGGUUUAGAGCUGCACCAGCGAACACACACAGGUGUGAAACCUUACUACUGCUUCAGCUGUAGUAAAAGUUUUGCUAGAUUAGACGGACUGACAGUGCACCAGCGAACACACACAGGUGAGAAGCCUUUUAGCUGUGAUCAGUGUGGGAAGAGAUUUGCUCAGUCAGCACACUUGACUGUACACCAGAGAACACACACUGGAGAGAAACCAUACCACUGCUCAGACUGUGGAAUAAGCUUUAUUAAUUCAAGUCACCUUAAGGUACAUCAGAGAGUACACACAGGAGAGAAGCCUUAUAACUGUGAUGUAUGUGGCAAAAGUUUUGUUACAUCAGGAAGUCUGGCUUCACACCUUCAAACCCACACAGGAGAGAAGCCUUACCAUUGUACCGACUGUGGGACAAGCUUUGGCAAGUCAAAGCAUUUAAAAGUGCACCAGAGAACACACACAGGAGAGAAGCCUUACCAUUGUGCCGACUGUGGGAAAAGCUUUGCUGUGUCAGGCAGUUUAAAGUCACACCGGAGAACACACACAGGAGAGAAGCCUUACCACUGCUCUGACUGCGGAAUGGGCUUAACCACUUCAGGUGGACUUAAAAUACACCGGAGAACACACACAGGAGAAAAACCAUUCCACUGCUCUGACUGUGGAAAAAGAUUUAAUCAGUCUGGGCAGUUGGUUUUACACCAGCGAAUACACACUGGCGAAAAGCCUUACCACUGCUCAGACUGUGGGAUGAGUUGUACUUCUUUAGGGGAUUUAAAAGUGCACCUGCGAACACACACUGGAGAGAAGCCUUUUGGCUGUGAUCAGUGUGGGAAGAGGUUCGCUCGGACAGGAAGCCUGGCUGGACACAAGAGAACACACACUGGAGAGAAGCCUUUUGGCUGUGAUCAGUGUGGGAAGAGGUUCAGUCAGUCAGGAACCCUGGCUGGACACAAGAGGAAACACCACACUGGUGGGUAACCUUUCCAUUUUUUUUUUAUAGCUGAAACCAGUUAAUGGUAGACUAUCGGAGAGAAGCCAUGCAGGGGGAGCUUUCUUAAUGUGGCCAUGCUUGGUGUAACAAGGGAACUUUAAAUAACUGUCCAUUUAAUUACAAUAUUUUUAAUUUAUUUAACUAGGCAAGUCAGUUAAGAACAAAUUCUUAUUUUCAAUGACUGCCUAGGAACAGUGUGUUAACAGGGGCAGAACGACAGAUUUGUACCUUGUCAGCUCGGGGGUUUGAACUUGCAACCUUCCGGCUACUAGUCUAACACUCUAACCACUAGGCUACCCUGCCGUCCCUACACUCUAACCACUAGGCUACCCUGCCGUCCCUACACUCUAACCACUAGGCUACCCUGCCGUCCCUACACUCUAACCACUAGGCUACUCGGCCGUCCCAAUAUGAGUGACAAGGUCUGUGUUUGAAUGGUGUGGGCGUAUACCGGUCAUUAAAAUGAUUCAUGACAAGUUAACAGUGGAUUAGUCAGCUCAGAGAAAGCAGGGAGGUAGCUCCUCCCCCUCUCUCUGCAAGUUUCAGGCAAGUCUGUCCUUAGGGAUAAGGCAAGGGUCCGUUUGAAAAUGUUCAACCCUGUCCACCAUCCAACUCACCAUGAUCAACCCUGUCCACCAUCCAACUCACCAUGGUCAACCCUGUCCCCCAUCCAACUCACCAUCACCGUGGUCAACCCUG